AUGUUGCGGUGGUGGCGGCGGGACGUCUGCAACAUAAGAAUCAUAAGGCAAGGAGAUGCUGGUGUGAUGUUGGUCGAUGAAGGGCAGGCCAUCAUUAUUAGCGUGGUGUUGUUGUUGCUGCUGCUGCUUCUUCUUCUUCUUCUAGUUGUAGUUGCGGCAGCUGCGGCUGCGCGCCGUUGUCCCGGGCUAAGCGCGCGAGAGAUCGCCUCCGGCUGCUGGCAGCGCCUUCCUCAGGCACUCCUCCUCCUCAUCGCAGCCAAUGCGCGGCAGAAGGGCGGCGGCGGCGUGGCCAUCGUGUGGUUCAGAAACGACCUCAGGAUCCUCGACAACGAGGCUCUGAUGACAGCCUGGUCUUGCUCCUCCGCACUGCUCCCGGUCUACUGCGUCGAUCCCCGCUGCUUCUUCGGCACCACUCACUACUUCGGCUUCCCCAAGACCGGAGCUUUAAGAGCCAAGUUUCUGAUGGAGUGCCUGAGCGACUUGAAGAAGAGUCUUAUCAAGAGAGGGCUGAAUUUGUUGAUACAAAAUGGAAAGCCUGAGGACGUUCUCCCUUCCCUGGCCAAACAAUUUGGAGCUCACACCGUAUUUGCUCAUAAAGAGACUUGCAGCGAGGAGCUCCUCGUAGAGAAAUUGGUUAUUAAGGGAUUGCAGCAAGUGGUGAUGAAUAAUUCCUCCCCAAAAUUGCAACUUGUAUGGGGAGGAGCUACAAUGUACCAUGUCGAUGACCUCCCAUUUACUCCACAGAGUAUUCCAGAUGUAUACACCCAGUUCCGAAAGUCUGUGGAAUCUAAGUGCUCAGUGAGGAGCUGCUGCAAGUUGCCAGUGGCUCUGGGGCCGCUCCCCCGCAGAGAAAUGGAAGAAUUUGGUGGGUGGGUUACGGUCCCUUCACUUGAGGAUCUAGGACUGCAUGACAGCAAGUGUGAUCGAGGAAUGCUCUUUGUUGGAGGUGAGAGUGCAGCCUUGGGCAGGGUAUAUGAAUACUUCUGGAAAAAGGCAAGUACGACCCUUGAGUACCUAAACGAAAGUUUCAUUUUUGGGCAAGGCUUUAUAUCGCGUGUCUUCGCAGGAUCUAUUAAGAGUCCUUGGCUCGCUUCUGGAUGUCUUUCUCCAAGAUAUGUCUAUGAAGAGGUAAAGAGGUACGAGAAAGAAAGGCUUGCAAAUGAUUCAACAUACUGGGUGUUGUUCGAGCUAAUCUGGAGGGACUAUUUCAGGUUUAUUUCGAUGAAGUAUGGAAAUUCCAUUUUUCACUUAGGAGGUCCAAGGAAAGUGGUAUCUAAUUGGAGCCAGGACCAGUCAUUAUUUGAUUGCUGGAGAGAAGGUCAAACUGGAUAUCCUCUGAUUGAUGCCAACAUGAAAGAACUGUCUACCACAGGCUUCAUGUCAAACCGAGGUCGCCAGAUAGUUUGCUCAUUUCUAGUUCGAGAUAUGGGAGUUGAUUGGCGAAUGGGAGCUGAAUGGUUUGAGACAUGUCUCCUAGAUUAUGAUCCAUGCUCUAACUAUGGAAAUUGGACCUACGGGGCUGGUGUAGGCAAUGAUCCGAGAGAAGAUCGCUAUUUCAGUAUACCAAAGCAGGCGAAAACAUAUGAUCCUGAAGGCGAGUAUGUCUCUUACUGGCUGCAACAACUCAGCUCUCUUCCAAAAGAGAGAAGGAAUUUCCCUGGCAGUUCAUACUUUAAGCAAGUAGUACCUCUGAAGUUUGAGAACACAAAACAGAGGCCCGACACUGGCAGAAAUGAGAGACGACGAGGAAAAAGCGUGUAUCGAAACUAAGUGAUGGAUGUGUGUCUAUGCAUUUCACCAGGGGAAUAAGGAGAAAUCUUCAAAGCUACUAACAUUGUUUUCCAUUGGGACAUAUAUAUUGUGGCCAUUUGGAACGGAAGGGAAUAGGAAAUGUUCACACUGUUCCUUAAUAAAAAAGAAGGGUUACUUACCCUUUUUUUUCCUUGGAGAAUAAGACUUUCAGAAUGUUACUUUCCUUAAUAAAUCGGUGGAAUAAAUAGUGAAGUUCUCUUUUA